CAAUCAACGCCAGCGACAAGGGAGCCCACCGGAAACUGUGAACGUUGAUUGGUUAAAGAUCAAAACAUUAAGCGAGCCCGCCUUCACCCGGAAGCUGACAGUCACCUGACUUUCCCUUUUCUCCUUUUUUUUUAAUCUCUUGUGGUUUCGUUAGCCAGCUCGGUGUUAGCCACAAACUGCCCGCUUCCAUUACCUCCCCCGGUCCGCCCGGCCGUCUCUUCCCUAUUGAGUUAAAACAACUCCUCGCCCAUCUCCGAAGUCAUGGACGAGACGAGUCCGCUCGUCUCUCCGCUCAGGGACUCCGGGGACUUCAGCUACUGUCCCACGGAGCCCAUCAGCCCCCGGGGCUCGUUCGGAAGCACCCCGGGCUCGGUGGUGCGCAUCCCGGCGGGCAGUCCGGGGCGCAGCCGCGAGCGGCAGCCGCUGCUGGACCGCGGGAGCUCGCCGCGGGAGCCGCACAGGAACGAGUUCCCGGAGGACCCCGAGUUUAGAGAGAUCAUCCGAAAGGCCGAGCGAGCCAUAGAGGAGGGCAUCUACCCGGAGAGGAUCUACCAAGGCUCCAGUGGAAGCUACUUCGUCAAAGACUCGCAGGGGAAAAUCAUCGGAGUGUUCAAACCGAAGAACGAAGAGCCCUACGGCCAGCUGAACCCCAAGUGGACUAAGUGGCUCCAGAAACUGUGCUGCCCCUGCUGUUUUGGCCGCGACUGUUUGGUGCUGAACCAGGGUUACCUCUCGGAGGCCGGGGCCAGCCUGGUCGACCAGAAGCUGGAGCUCAACAUUGUUCCCAGGACCAAAGUGGUGUAUCUGGCUAGUGAAACAUUCAACUACAGCGCCAUAGACCGGGUGAAGUCUCGAGGAAAGAGGCUAGCACUGGAGAAGGUGCCUAAAGUGGGCCAGCGUUUCCACCGGAUUGGACUGCCACCGAAGGUUGGCUCCUUCCAGAUCUUCGUUGACGGAUACAAGGACGCAGACUUCUGGCUGCGGAAGUUUGAAGCGGAGCCUCUGCCCGAAAACACCAACCGUCAGCUCCAGCUGCAGUUUGAGAGGCUCGUAGUCCUCGAUUACAUCAUCAGGAACACAGACAGGGGGAACGACAACUGGUUGCUGAAGUACGACUGUCCUAUGGACCCCGGGAAUAGAGACACAGACUGGGUGGUAGUGAAGGAUCCCAUCAUCAAGCUGGCAGCCAUAGACAACGGCCUCGCCUUCCCCCUCAAACACCCUGACUCCUGGAGAGCCUACCCAUUCUACUGGGCGUGGCUUUCCCAAGCCAAAGUUCCUUUCUCCCAGGAAAUUAGAGAGCUCGUCCUGCCCAAACUCUCUGACCCAAAUUUCAUCAAAGACCUGGAAGAGGAUUUGUACGAAUUAUUCAAGAAAGACCCUGGUUUCGACCGAGGACAGUUUCAUAAACAAGUUGCUGUGAUGAGGGGGCAGAUCCUGAACCUGUGCCAAGCCCUGAAGGACGGUAAAACACCGCUGCAGUUGGUCCAGAUGCCGCCAGUAAUCGUUGAAACAGCCAGAGCACCUCAGAGAGCCAACAGUGAGUCCUACACACAGAGUUUCCAGAGCAGAAGACCCUUCUUCACCUGGUGGUAGGAGCUGUGCCGUGAAGAGGAGGGACAGCAGGAAGCCAGAGUGGGGAAAGGAGCGCGGAUGGAAGACUGAGAGCGCAGGUUUAUGUCCUGGAAAUGGAAGUAAUACCUCCCUCCCCUCCGCUCCUCGUGAAUAUUAUGGUUACAGAGGGUGAGUGGGUGGAGAGAUAAAGCCAAAAGUGGAAGACGUUUUGCAACAUAUCUUUCCUGUCUGCUCCUGUGCCUUGCAUGGAUGUCAAUGAAGAGUUAACGCUGAAGUGAUGAGGACUCUGUACCUUCCUGCAAGAGAGAAUUUCAGUGAGGUGUCAGACUCUUCUUUUGGACUCCGGGGGUGCACAUCCACACCAGUCAAAAGGUGUUGCAUUCCGUGUUUAAUUUGUCUUUCAAACCUCUCUGCCUUGUAAUCUUCCCCUGCAUUUUUGCUCCCACGCAGUUAUACCCUGGGCUGGUGAAAACAGCGGUGCCACUCAGGGAAAAUCUACUUUUAAUUUUGUUUUUUAACAAAAGGGAGAAGUGUUUGUUUGGAUUAAAGAUUUAGGAACUGGGCUCUUAGUGGUGUUUAUGUCUUAACACGGUGAACACAAGCCAUGUGAACUGGUUUCACAAUUAGUCACUGAGCCACCGAACUGUUUCACUUAUGAUCCAAGGAGGAUGGUGUGGUUGGAAAACAGGCACUUCUGGUGAAAGACACAUGUUUGUUAAGCGGAGAGAAAUAUGAUUGAAUUGCCUAAUUUUUGCUUCUUCUGGUGGGUCGGAUCUAAGGUAACUAGUAGCUUCCUGCUGUACUGAACUGACAUGUUUUGUGACAAUGCACUGUAUAAUUUGUAUGUAAUAUUUAAUGAUAGAUUAUAAUUAAACCAUAUUCCAUUAAUA